AUGGAUGAAGAUUCCAUCACUGGCAUCAAGGCCGCAUUCAUCAGAUCUCAAGUCCGCCAUCUUUCCGCUCCACUGCAGCCAUCAACAACGUGGAGGGAUUUUGCCCCGGAGCCUGCAGACGGCCGACUCAGUGAGAAAGCAAUACAAGACAUUGUGUCAAAGGUCGACGACAAAGUCAAGCAGCACAACCGCAUGAUCUUCUCAGCCCAGUCGCAACGCCAUGUCGCCGAACAGAUCGAGACCCUGUACUGGAAUCGAGUCACCGCUGCAGAAGACCAUGCAGAAAUCGACACCGUAGUCGUCCGGCGUGAUGCAGUUCUCACAGACACCUCCACGAUUGCAAACUUGCCCGAAGAUUACGCUGAUCUCCAUCUCCACACAGAUCACCUACGGCAGGAUGACGAAGGGACGCAGUACAAGGACUCACGAGAGAAAUUGCUAGAGUUGAGCCAGGAGCGAGAUGCGCUGAAAAAGAGAGUUGCACAAUAUCAGCAGUUGCACAAGAUGCUCGAUCCCUUGCAAGAUCCAGUGGCAAACAUUCAGCCCAACCUUGUCACCAGAGAUGGUGAGUUGAGUCAAGAACUGGAUCGAAUGCGAGUCCUGCUUGCAAGGGUUUCUGCAAGGCUGGCGGAGACGGGCAGCAGACCUGCGAACAAGCAACUCGGGCAAUCAAGCCCAAGGUCAACGACGAACGCAGAAAAAAUAACAAGACUCCUGGAAACGACUUGA